AUGAAAUAAAAUAUAACCAACAACCCUAAAGUCAUUCGAAAGAGACCUUGGAGUGAAGAUGAGGAUAUGAAAGUUCUUGAAUUGAUUCAAACUUUUGGUCCUUAAAAAUGGACCCAAAUCGCCCAAUAUUUGCAAGGCAGAGUAGGAAAGCAAUGUAGAGAAAGAUGGCAUAAUCAUUUAAAUCCAUCGAUAAAAAGAUCUCCUUGGGAUGAAGAUGAAGAAUGGAUUCUAUAUCUAUACCACAAAGUCUUUCGUAACAAAUGGUCUGAAAUCGCCAAACACAUCAUUGGUCGAACAGAUAAUUCAAUCAAGAAUCAUUGGAACAGUGGUAUGAAAAAGAAGUAGAAUGAAUUCUCGUAUAAAUUCAACUAAAUUAAGUUAAAAUUCUAAAGAGAAGGUCUUUCAACUCUGAAUGAAUAUGAUAUUUAACAAAAAAGAAUUUUGGAAGCUAUUUUAUAUAAUAAGCCACUGAGAAUUGAAUAAAACUAAUUUUCAGAAAAUGACAAUCUUGAGUAACCGUAAAUUCAAUAAAAAAAGAUCAGAAUUGAGGUUCUAUAAUCAGAAAAAUAUACUGAUUUAGAAUUAAUCAAGGAAGAUGAAUAGAUGAUACAAUAAAACUACUAACAUCAUGAAUUAGAUUAUAGCAAUAGGUUCAAUUCUCAUUUCCUAUUAUAGUUAUUUGGAUUCGAAUCAAAAGUUCUUGGUUUCUAAGAAUCAAGUUGA